AUGAACGCGCUUUGUCCGGCUUGUCGGCGACAGUACACUGAGGAAGGCGUUGUAUGGAAGCCCGUUGCCGCUGAAGACGCAAAACGUGUCCAACAGCAGAAGAAACGAAAGGAGAAAGAGCGAAAGGAGUUGGAGACGCUAGGUCGUAAAUCAUAUCUAGACGUCAGGAUCGUCCAACGGAAUGUCGCUUAUGUCGUCGGGCUUGGUUCGCGGUUUGCAAAAGAGGAGACGAUAUCUGUUCUACGCUCGAGUGACUACUUUGGUCGCUAUGGAAAGAUUUCUCGCAUUCAGCUGCAGAAACGGACGCCGCCCGGAGCAGACGCGCCUGUUGUAGGCGUAUACAUCACUUAUCUCAGACGAGAGGAUGCAGAAAGAGCCAUCCAAUCGAUAGAUGGCAGCCCAUCUCCUGGCGGAGGCGGUGAGGUGAUGCGAGCCAGCUACGGUACAGCAAAAUACUGCAUCAGUUUCCUGCGGAAUGCGACUUGUACCAACAAUAAUUGCCUCGAUGCACAUGAAUGGGGCGAACCGGAUGACUGUUUUACCCGAGAAGAUCUUACGCAUUUGAAGCUUACCAUCAAAGAUACGGAAAAGCGGUCAUCCAUGACCAUAAAGCGAUCCGCUGGCCCAGAUGCCCCUUCCCUCCCUCGUUCGGCUUCCUGGGCUUCCCGGCCUGCCCAAGCAAGCUCGUCGACACAAGCUUCACAAACAGACAGCCCGAGUCAUGGGGUCAGAAGCUCGAGACCAACCCGACAAUCGAGGAACGUCUCUGGUCCCAAACCCCCGAGAAAUGACUCUGGUGAUAAAGGUUCACGCGAAAGGGAUAGAAGAAAAGGAUCAGGCUUACAACCUGCCGCAACAGCCCCUUCGAUACUUCCGUCACCGCUAUCUCAAACCACAACGCAGGCCGUUGAACCACCUACAGCCCCUGAACCUGCCGCAGAGACUUCGACUGCUGCUUCAUCGCCUCAAGUUACUGCAAGUGUAGCCGAUUCUGAAGCCCGAUCGCACGCAAUGUCACCACCUGUUGUCCACGGUCAGCCUUCUGUUCCCCCAGGUCUGGCCCCUCCAGGAUUGGCUCCCCCAGGAUUGGCUCCUCCUGGAUUGGCUCCUCCUGGGCUCGUGCCUCCACCUGGACUAAGUGCACAAUGGAAGCAAGGAGCAACAAGCUCAGAAGCUGUGAACCCUGCACCUCCGGCAUCUCUCCUACAACCACCUGGUCUCGCCCGACCCCCACCUGGACUCAGUCUACCCUCUGAGGCCCUAUCCCCGACUCCUUCGAAGCCCUACCAACUCUCAAAGAAUGCUCAAGCACUCAUAAAUGACGUUGUCUCUCGCCGCGAGGCCGUCAAGUCUACCCCACCUCCCAUCUUCCCCGAUUUUGAUCGCACGCUCUCGACUCUUGUUAAUUCUGCCGGUUUCAGUUUUUCUUUUGCAAGCCUCUCCCUGAAUACAGCCGAAUCAGGCCUACCAGCUAUUCGGUCCAUACGCAAGACCACGUUCGAUCCAUUUGCGUCUCCGUUGGAUCUUACAUCGAGCUCGGAGACCUCCUCACCAGCUCUCAGGUCGAUCAAUGGAGAUCCAAGACGAGCUAUGUUUGAUUCUCAAAUGAGUGAUCUUCCCACCAUUGGGGAGGGUGGAAGGUCCCGUUUCGACUUUGCUCGGAGACAAAGCUCCCUAGGGGGAGGGUCAUCUCUAUUACAGAGUUCGCGUGGAAGCACCCCCUUCAGGCCCGAAGCUACCUCUGGAAACACUCUAUACAACUCUACGGACACGAUGGCAGGUGGCCGCCAAGGCAACUGGGUCAAUCAUCCAAAUGCUGGCAUGUCGAUGGAGUAUCGCUAUAAUCCACAAUACCCUGUCCAGUAUCAAGUGCCUCUUGCUGGACCAGAACAUCCCGUAUACAACGAACUGCCUCCGACACCUUUUGAUCAAGCGCCCAUGGCCGAAAACAUGCGCGAGCUCGUCAGAGGGUUUGAGACACCAGGGAUUGAGCGUGCAAAUAACAGACAGCUCGAGCUCGGUCUAUCCGCUCAGUUGACGCACGGGCAAAAUCUGCCCUAUCAAAUGCAGUCGACAGUCCGCCGGGACGAUCUUGCUAGCUCUCAACGCAUGAUGACCAAAUCGCCUCCGAAUCCGCAAACAAAUUUCAUCUCCUAUCAAACACAGCAGGUGACUGGUCCUCCUGGACUCUCUCACAUCUCACAGGCGCAACAACCCAGCGCCUCGGGAAGUGGCCCGAAGGAGUUGACUUCCCCUAAUGUUUCACACGCUCUACCCUCUGAGCCAGUGCCAAAACCUCCCUCGCCGGUCAUAGGCCCCGGCCCCGUUGUCGUUCAAGACAAUCCUCUUCCUGACCAAGAGCGCACGACAGCGCCAGUAGAGAAUGAGGACGAAUUUCCGGCUCUGCCAGCCACAGCUGUAGAGGCCAGCGUCCGACCUCCUGUAUCGGUGCCUGCUCCUGUGAAAGCACCGCCGGCGCCCGCAGCACCUCGCAAGGUUGCCCCACCUAAGCCAACCAAGAGUGAGAUAAAGAAAGCUGCUCUGCCACCGCUCACUACUACCACACUUACCAAAAAGCCGUCUGAGCCAAGCCAGUCGUCUGCUGUCGAACAAGUGGCAAAACCAGAGGCAAAGAGUAAGCGUGCGGCUCAGAAUGAUGCUUCGACGACUGCUGCGUCUACUCCGAUCACGCCAGUGGUGGCGACCCCAAUUCACAGUACCAAAGAGAGCAAGGUCGCCGAAUCAACGUCGUCUACCAAAGCGAAUACCUCGAAGAAUAAGGAUGCAAAGGCAGUUCAACCCCCGAUCGUCACUUCGGAACCCGUCGAGCAUGCCCCCAUUCUCGCUCGCCAGACGAAGAAAGUCAAGCCACAGCAGGUUCCCAAGAAGAAACAGCAGCAGCAACAACAGCAACAGCAACAGCAACAGCAACAGCAACAGCAACAGCAACAGCAGCAGGCAACGACUGCUCGCGAAGAGCCAGUCGCACCAAAAGAAGCGACUCCUGAGCCAGCUCCUACCUUGACCGCCCUUGCGACGCCCGCAUCUGUCCCCAAUUCGAACGUUCGAACUCCAACCACCAUCUCUACAUUGUUGUCGCAAAUACAGGACCAUUUGGAUGUGCCUUCGCUGCGCUUCUUCAGCCAGACUUAUGUGGGUGGCCCAGAGGUCAUCGACUAUGAGACGUUGGUCGAAGCCUUGUCCGCGCUCAGUGCGGGGUCUGCUGGGCUAGCUAGUCUCAGUGCUAGCUCAGCAGCUGAUUCGACAGUGUCGACCUUUCAGGGAUUGUUGGCGACGUUGACGCAAACAAUUGGCGAGUUGCUCGCAAAGCUUUCUGGUGGAGACCGAGAGGACAAUUUGACACUCAAAAUUUUUCAAGAUAUGCUCAAAUCAGAUAUGUUGGCUUCGCAAUCGGGUGCCGACUCGCUGGGCAGCAAGGACGGCGAUCUCGAGACGAAGACGCAAUGGAUACAAUCUCAACUGGCAAAGCUAGAAGAUGUGCAGCGUACGACGAGCCAAGCUGGGUCCGCGACGAGCGAGACCUGGGACCGUCGUGGGCUACUACCACGGAGUGCAGUGCCCAAGAAGGAGGAGAAGGAUAUUGAGGGGAUGACCGUCGUUCAGCUUGAAGCGGAGCUGGCCAAUGCGAAAAAGUCGGUGUCGUCGCUGACGGCCGAGCUUCGUGAGGUCAUGGUGAUCAAUGCCAAAUUGAUUGCAGAGCUGUCGUGA